CCGAACGGUCGCGUUUUUUCAUGUUCUCCGCUCCAAAGGAUUUAUCGGCCCCUGGCCGAGGUGCUGCUCAGGCGUCAGCCAGCAGCAAUGACUACCGUAUUGUGCUACCUCGUCUUCCUACCGGUAAGCUGGUUGUGGACUCCGUUUUCCUGCAUGCUGACUUAGCUGGUCGACCGUACAGAGCCCAAGACUUCAGAGACGCCCUUCGGAAUGUUAUUGACCUAAAGGAAAUAAGUUCCAUUGGCCAAUUUCAGAUGUCGCACGUGUGGAUGGUGACGUGCAAGUCACCAAUGGCAAAAUCAAAUCUAGUCACGUGCGGGGAUUUAUCGGUGAAAGGAAGACGCUGCAUCAUCAUGGACCCUGAGCCCACGGAAGUAAAAAUGAAGCUUUUAUGGCUACCUGAGCGUUUGGAAGACGCCUACAUUCGAGAUUCACUCCAGGCUUACGGGAAAGUGAAAUCUAUAUCAGCAGAAAGCUGGAGAGUAUCGGAGAUGGAAGAAAUGCGUACUCUAAAUCGUGAUGUGGUGUUGUCUCUUGCUGACGGAGUAGGUGUGGGUGACGUUCCACAUCUACUACCUGUCUGUGGAGUGCAGAGCCUUGUACUGAUUCCAGGCAGACCCCCGCUUUGUCUCCGCUGUAACAAGGUUGGCCACAUUCGUCGCAACUGCAGAACUCCACGUUGUGAAGACUGCCGGCGCUUUGGCCACACAGCUGAAGAAUGUGUGGUAACAUACGCCGACAAGUUACGACAUAGGACACGACCUCCUGACGAAUGCGUGCAAGAACACAUAAUGGACGCCACAGAGGUUCUCGACGCGACCGGAGAUGUUCCUUGUGCCGCGGAGACCAGUUGUGCCGGCAAGUCUCGUCUAGAUGUAAAAGACAAUGUCAUCGCACAACCGCCCAAGGACAAGGAAGGUAGCAAAGCGACAGAUGAUCAGUCCAAGCAACAGUGCAAUGAGGCGCCCGUAAUCAAACAGCCAGUUCCUGCCCAGCAAGCUAAAGAGGCAGCCGAAAAUGAAUCAUCUGCUUCACCCAAGCUUCUCGACACGUGCCCUGUGCUGGUAGAGGACAGGCGAAGUAACGCGGAUACAUCAAUUCCGAAGCGCCGUGCGACAAACACAUCGGAAACAAGCACGGACAGCGACACGACCAGUACCACAAGAAAAGCACGUCGCCGCAAGACAUCGAAACACUCAGGAAAGUGCCGACGAUCACGGUCCAGGAGGCCUGGUGGGGGUUCGGAGGGAGCCUCACCGUUGCCCUCAAGGACCGACCACAUAGAUAAUUAGGUCCGUAUAGUGGUUAGUCACCAUGGCGCUGACACAGCAACUUCUCUUCGCAACUUUGAAUGUACGGGGCCUUAGGUCUUUGCAGAAACAGGCACAGCUUCGCCGGCUUUUAUCUAGGCAUCGCCUCGACUUCGUCGCCGUGCAGGAGACGAAGAUUGAGAGUGAUGACGAAACAGAAAGGGCCUUGCGACCUUUUCUAUCUGAAUAUAAUGUCUGCGUUUCACACGCCCUUGGUUUAUCCGCGGGCUGCUUCCUGUUUCUGAAAAAGAGCCUACUUUGUUCAGCAUUUAGUUACCAUGUGGACGCUGAAGGCCGAUACAUAUACUGCGAUUUUGUGUUGCAGGGUGUGCCAUGGCGAAUAGUUAACCUCUACGCAUUUAAUGACGCUGCCAAACGAAUUCUUUUAUUUGAUACUGUGUCUAAUCUACUGGACUGUGAACGCUGCAUUGUGUUAAUGGGAGAUUUCAAUUGUGUAUGUGAUCCGAGUGAUCGAAGUGGGAUUAACAUUCAGCGAGACAGGAGUGGUGAAGUUUUGUCUAACGUGAUAGAGAAUGCAGGGCUCAUAGAUAUAGGAGCGUCGGGACAGGGUUCUUGCUCUUAUACACGAAUUCAAGGUCACUCUUACGCCCGCCUUGAUCGAAUUUAUGUCUCUUCAUCACUCCUCUCCCGAAGACUGUCUUGUAGUACUAUCCCAGUUUCGUUCUCUGAUCAUUGUAUGGUUAUCGCAAAAAUUGGUGAGAAAUCUGUAACCAAUUUCCGACCACAGUGGGCACUCUGGAAACUUAACUCUGAGCUCCUAAAUGAUCAGGAAUUUAUCAAUCGUGUGCGUAUGGCCCUAACAACUUGUUUUUCUACAGACUUGCCAUUAUUUGCUGCUUGGGAACUCUUUAAGCAAGAGGUUCGCACAGUGGCUAUAGAAAUUGGGUCGGUGAAAUCGUUUUAUAGAAAGAAUGAAGAAAAAAUGCUCCUCAAGAGCCUAAGUAGCAUUUACGAGAUGGAAUGCGAAAUGCCAGGCACUUACAUAGAAGAUAUGGAAAAUAUUAAAUGUGAGUUACAAAAGUAUGACGCACUACGUUACCGAGGUGCGCGAGUUCGAUCUCGAAACAGCCGUGCUUUGCACUCUGAACAGCCAACACGUCAAGCUUUACUUGAUGAGCGAUGUCACGGUACUUCAAAAGUAAUUUCGGAAAUCUACUCCAAAGGUAGUCUUGUAACAAAUACGAAUGACAUAAUUUCACAAUUUGAAAGUUACUACAAUGCUUUGUUCAGUGCACCUCCCGAAGAUCAUGAUGCAAAAGUCUUAGAGAGUUUUGUGUCUCUAGUAAAACCUUUACAGAAUGAGGAGUGUGCAUUCAUCAGUGGUACUGUUACCAUUCAAGAAAUUGAGCAAGCUAUUGAUCAGCUGCCUUUAUCGAAAACCCCCGGCCCUGAUGGACUUUCAAGCGAAUUUUACAAAGCGUUCAAAGGGAUUAUCAGUUCCAUAUUAUUGGAUAUAUUUAUUACAAGUUUAGAGGUGGACGCCCUUCCACAAUCUUUUUGCAAAAACCACACAGUUUUAAUCCCAAAAAGCUCAGAUAAGGAAAAACUGCGUUCUGUUGAAAGCUACAGACCAAUCACGCUGUCAAACGUUG